AUGACAAGCUUAAUUCGGUUAUGGAGUUCUUCUUUCGAGCUUACUGUUGGUGAAAUAUCUCGAUAUAGAAUUCAAUUUGAUAGUACAAAGCAUUCUCCUAGUACAGCUUGGCCUCCUUCGAACCUUAUAGUUAAAAUUACAAAUGAAACACCAAUCUUAUACCGUGGAGCUGUCUUAAGCGGCCCUUAUAACAUCUCGGCUUCAUGUAUUGAAACUGAACAUGCUAGAAGACUAAAAUUGCACCCUGAUAAUCUUUUCACUCCGAACUUGAAACCUGUUAUCAAAUGUGGUGAGACUUGGCAGUCAAAGUUAAUAGUUCCUUCAAAUGGCAUCGGUGAUUGGACGAUUGAUGUAUUGUGCGAAAUUCUUUUCUCUUCUAAUAAAGUCAAAUAUAAUGUCUGUAUAUUUGCUUGUGUACCUGAAGAAGCGACUGUCAUUGACGAAUUACAAAUAUUUGACGGAAAAGCGGUUGUUAGUCAGGAUGGUACGACAACUACCUAUUCUUCUUCAAUAAAAUACGAGUUUUUAAAGCCGCAUGAUAUCUUUAAGAUGCCAGAUCUUACUACUUUUUCAACUAGAGAUAUUCACCUUGUAGUAUUGACUCAUGGAAUCCAUGGGUCUAUGCUAGAUGAAUUAUAUUUGAAGGAAGCUCUUGAGGAAAAAUACAUGGAUCGAAAGACUGAUCGAAUCAUUUUUUUCAUGUCUGAUGUGAAUCAUUCUGGCACUGAAGAUGGUAUUGAAAUAUGUGGUAAAAGAUUAGCUAAGGAGCUCUUAAAAUAUGUUGGAUGGCCGUGGGGUCCAAACAAUAAUGACCGUGACAAUAUUAGUAGUACAAGUGAUUCUAGAAAUGAACCUUUGAUUUCAAAAAUAUCUUUAAUAGGCCAUUCAUUGGGUGGUUUAAUAAAUGCAUUCAUGGCAGGAUACCUACACAGUGUCACAAACGGUGCAUUUUUUAAUGAUGUUCAACCGAUCCAUUUCAUUACAAUCGCUACACCUUGGCUUGGGUCUACUGAUCUAUCAUGGUACAUAAAGGCCGGACUUAAAUUCGGUGUAGUUGGGCAAACCGGCAAAGAUUUGGCCUUAAUUGCUCGAUCCACAGAAGAACAGGAAAAUGCAAAAGGAGCCGUAAAGGAAGACACUAGAGAACAACCACUAUUGCUAGCUCUUGCGCAACUAAUGUCGCCAUCGCAUAUAGCGGUUUCCAAAUUCCGUAAUCGUACAUUGUAUGCGAAUAUCGCAAACGAUUUGGUAGUUUCUUUCCAAACUUCUUCACUUUAUUUUCACAAAUAUGAUGAUAAACUAUCAUUCAAAUGCACUAUAAAUGAUCAACUAAGACAUGUUUUCGUUUCGCUUAGUCCUCUUGACAUUACAUCAGAUUAUAUUUCUCGAUCUAUUAAAGGAUCAUCACCAAUUGUAUAUGAUGUGAUGGUUAAGCCUGAAGACGUUUCACCACCAAAAGUGGGUGUGGAUAUGUCUAUGGAAGAACAAAUCGCUAGAGAAUGGCAUAAAGAUAUGUCAUGGCGUAAAGUUUUCGUACAACUUGAGGGAGAGGCUCACACACACGUAAUUGUGAGAAGAAAGUGGCUAAAUGCUGCAGGGUGGCAAGUUAUUGAGCAUUUGGUGAAUGGACAUGAUUUUUAG